UUGAGCAGCAUGUUGCAGAGGAAUGCUGGGAAGGUGGAGGUGGAGAAAGUUAAGGAUGGUGCUGCUGCUGCUCCACCUCACACUUUACUGUCAUGUUACUGUUACCACCACUGCCCUGAGGACGCCACCAACAAUACAUGCAGGACAGAUGGAUUCUGUUUCAGUAUGCUUGAGGAGGAGGAGAGUGGGGUUACUGUGAUGACAUCAGGAUGUCUGGGGCUGGUGGGAUCUGAGUUUCAGUGUAGAGACACAGGUAACUCUCGCCAGAGGAGGGCGCUGGAGUGUUGCACUGAUAAAGACUACUGUAACAGAGACCUACACCCUACACUGCCCCCACACAGAACGCCGAGUUAUGUGAAUGGAGACAUGGCUCUGCUCAUUUCAGUCACUGUCUGCAGCCUCAUCUUCAUCAUCAUCCUCAUCAUCCUCUUCUGUUACCUCAGGUCUAAGCACCAGGAGUGUGGUGUUGGGUACAGCGUGAGGCUGGAGCAUGAGGAGUUGUUUAGUCCUGUUGGAGAAACACUGAGAGACCUGAUAGAGCAGUCUCACAGCUCAGGCUCUGGGUCAGGACUCCCCCUGCUGGUGCAGCGCACCAUAGCCAAGCAGAUCCAGAUGGUGAAGCAGAUUGGGAAGGGACGGUAUGGGGAGGUGUGGAUGGCCAGAUGGAGAGGGGAGAGGGUGGCUGUGAAAGUGUUUUUCACCACAGAAGAGGCCAGCUGGUUCAGAGAGACCGAAAUCUACCAAACUGUCCUGAUGAGACAUGAAAACAUACUAGGCUUCAUUGCUGCAGACAUUAAAGGUACAGGUUCUUGGACACAGCUUUAUCUGAUAACGGAUUACCAUGAGAACGGUUCUCUGUACGACUAUCUGAGGUCAACGACCCUGGAUGUGGCGGCUAUGCUGAAGCUGGUGUAUUCUGCAGCCUCUGGGCUUUGCCACUUACACACGGAGAUCUUCGGCACGCAGGGCAAGCCUGCCAUCGCACACAGAGACCUGAAGAGCAAGAACAUCCUAGUGAAAAAAAACGGGUCCUGCUGCAUCGCUGACCUGGGGCUGGCUGUCAAAUUCAUCAGUGACACGAAUGAGGUGGACAUCCCUGAGAACACGCGUGUGGGAACCAAGCGCUUCAUGCCUCCAGAGGUCCUGGACGAGACUCUGAAUCGCCGGCACUUCCAGUCCUACAUGAUGGCCGACAUGUACAGCUUUGGUCUCAUUCUGUGGGAAAUCGCACGCAGAUGUGUGUCCGGAGGUAUAGUGGAGGAUUACCAGCUGCCGUAUCAUGACCAGGUGCCCUCUGACCCCUCGUAUGAAGACAUGAGAGAGGUGGUGUGUAUAAAGAGAAUACGGCCAUCAUUCCCCAACCGCUGGAGCAGUGACGAGUGUCUGAGGCUUAUGGGUAAGCUGAUGACAGAGUGUUGGGCCCAUAACCCCGCCUCCCGCCUCACGGCUCUGCGUGUGAAGAAGACGCUGGCCAAGAUGUCCGAUUCUCUGGACAUCAAAGUUUGA